AUGCUGAGUGAGUACCUGGUCAGGUAUCUGUUCUCCACGCGGUUGUGUCUGUCUGUCCGGGACAGUGCAGGAUCAGGGACCAUCCGUCCCGCCAAGGCCAUUUGCACAAAGUUGGAGCCGACCCUGGACCCCGAGGUGCUGGAGCUGCUCAUGGAGAGCAGUGGCCACAUAUCCCACCGGGCAGUGGAGGUGCAUUUCCGCGCGGCCGUGGUGGACUCUCGCUUCCAGGGACUGAGCCCCCUGCAAUGGCACUGGCUGGUCCACACUGUGCUGUCUGAGGGGCUGGUGGGGCUGGCCCAUGCUCUGACCAUCUAG